AUGGCACAUAAAGAUCGUAAUUUAAAUUUGAAUGAUGUAUGGAUCAAAGUAUCGGACGGAAUUGAUCAUAUCUAUCGUAUUCAAGAUAUGUCACCUACAGCUUAUAUGGAACUAUAUACUCAUGUUUAUGAUUAUUGUACAAAUACACACGCACAAUCAUUUCAAAAGGCACCGCCAAGAACAGGUGGUAAUAACCGACAAAAUAAUGUACAAGAUGGAGCAAAUAUUGUCGGUGGGGAAUUGUACACUAAAUUAAGAAAUCAUCUAAAAGCUUAUUUGGAAAAAAUUUGUGAAAAAGGACUCGAUUUACAAGGUGAAGAUGUACUUCGUUUCUAUACAACAAACUGGGAACAUUAUCGAUUUUCCAGUAAAGUAACAAAUGGUUUUUGUCAUUAUCUUAAUCGACAUUGGGUAAGACGAGAAUAUGAUUCGGGAAGAAGAGAUGUUUAUGAAGUUUUUACCAUGGCAAUGGAAAUUUGGCAAUUGGUUUUCUUCCAACCAUUGAAUCGACAAGUUACAUUAGCAUGUCUUCAAUUAAUUAAAUCUGAACGUAAUAAUGAAGUAAUUAAUACUCGAUUAAUUAGUGGAGUUAUACAAAGUUAUGUCGAGCUUGGCUUUACUGAAAAUGCAUCUGUAUCAAAUAAUAGUAAUCAAAUCACAUCCCCGACAUUGGCAAUUUAUAAAGAUUACUUUGAAGUACAAUUUCUUCAAGAUACAGAACAAUUUUAUCGUCUUGAAGCAGCUACUUUUCUAGUUCAUAAUUCUGUUACUGAAUAUUUAAAAAAAGUUGCACAACGUCUCGAUGAAGAAGUACAUCGAGUACAAUCAUAUUUACAUCCAUCAACAUUAGCAGCAUUGAUUAAAAAAGUCGAAGAAGUACUUAUUCGUGAUCAACUUGAAGUUAUCUAUAAUGAAGCAAAAGUACUUUUACGUGAUGAAAAACAUUCAGAUCUCGCUCGUCUUUACAAAAUAGUCAAUCGAGUACCAAAUGCAACAGUUGAAUUAAAACGAAUUGCUGAAGAACACAUCCGCCAAAUGGGUACGGAUGCUAUUGAACGUGUCAGUGGCACAGCAAUUAAUGAACCAAAACUUUAUGUUGAAACUAUACUUGAUAUUCAUACAAAAUUCUUCAAACUUGUACAAGAAGCUUUCAAUAGUGAACAAGGCUUUACAGCUGCACUUGAUAAAGCUUGUGGUAAAUUUAUUAAUAAUAAUGCAGUGACAGCAGCUGUUGGCAAUACCACAAAAUCACCGGAAUUAUUAGCUCGAUAUUGUGAUGCACUUUUACGAAAAGGAAGUAAAGCUGUCGAAGAAACAGAUCUCGAAGAGAAAUUCAAUCAAAUUAUGGUUGUUUUUAAUUAUGUUGAAGAUAAAGAUGUUUUCCAAAAAUUUUAUGGUAAAAUGUUAGCUAAACGUUUAGUUGGACAACUUAGUGCAUCCGAUGAUUAUGAAGAAUCAAUGAUAUCAAAGCUCAAACAAGCAUGUGGUUUCGAAUAUACAUCAAAAUUACAACGAAUGUUUCAAGAUAUUGGUGUUAGUAAAAAUCUAAUUGAUCAAUAUCGAACAUAUUGUGAAAAGAGAAAAUUGGAUGAUAUUGUCGAUUUUUCUGUCAUGGUUCUGAGCUCAAAUUCAUGGCCAUUUUCUGCUCCACCAAACUUUGUUUUACCCCCUGAACUCAAACGAACAUUCGAUAGUUUUACUAAUUUUUAUACUCAACAACAUAACGGUCGUAAGUUGACAUGGCUCCAUCAACAUUCAAAAGGAGAUUUACAAACAUUAUAUACCAAACCAAAAUAUAUUUUACAUGUUUCAACAUAUCAAAUGGUUAUUUUACUUUUAUUUAAUAAACUUCCAAAUUGGACAGUCGAACGAAUGCAAGAUGAAACUCAAAUUAAAGUUGAUCUAUUCUUGCAAGUACUCUGUGGUUUAUUGAAGAGUAAAUUAAUAAUAUGUUCAGAACUCAAUGAAGAGGAACUUGAAGAAGAUUUAAAAGAAACUGAUAUUAAAAUGGAGUAUACUAUUCAGAUAUCUAAUGAAUUUAAAAGUAAAAAAAUAAAAAUAAACUUGAAUGUGCCAUUGAAAUCAGUCGAACAAAAAGAUAUUGAAGGUUUACAUCGUACAAUUGAUGAAGAUCGAAAGAUGGUUAUUCAAGCUGCAAUUGUUCGAACAAUGAAAGCUCGUCAAACAUUAAAACAUGCAUUAUUAAUGCAAGAAGUUAUUCAACAACUAAGCUCACGUUUUAAACCAAAAAUACCUGUGAUUAAAAAAUGUAUUGAUAUAUUGAUUGAAAAAGAAUAUCUUGAACGACAAACCAAUGAGAAAGAUGUUCUACGCUAUUUGGCUUAA